UGGUAGGUUCAACGUCUUCCUCCGUUUGUGACACGAAUUGGUGCGCGCUGAACAAAAGGAUGAUGAUAAUGAUAUCGUUUUCUCUGGGACCCGAUGGCACGAUGCUCGUGCUUGUGUUUGUGUUCCAGUCGUAUCUUACCAGGUACCGUACGACGAUGCUUGCAUCCAAAGCAUCGAAUUCGAAUCCAAUUCCGGCUUCGAAAGCUUCGAGAUCUCKGGAAGACCCACCCCAUCACCGAAUUUUUCGGAAGCAAGGCACAAGAACGGCAGGCGACAAUCGCUGCGGAUUCUGGCUUGCAGUACCCAACACACCGCAUCCACCCACGGAACAAAACAGAGAAUCCGCAACAACCGCGACACCACACCGAUACAACAAGACAAGAUUCGUGCUCCGCGAGACCAUGCCGACGAGCGUCGACGGUAGCCGGUACGCGCACAGAGAUGGCGCCUGCGUUUGGUCCGAACGGGACGCCGUGACCGAGAACGAAAUCCGGUGCAAGGACAUGCUCGAGUGCAAGCGCCAGAUCGAGUUCUGGAACGAAAAGCUCCGUGUUCUAGAGAGAGAGCACACCACAAAGAUCAAGCUGGCCCGCCUGCGCCUCGACGCCGUCGCGACGUGGCGGUGCCUGUCCAAAAAGGACCGAAGGGACAAGACGCUCGUCCUGGCCGCCAUGGAGUCCGAGGAGCUUCCAACCGUCCUGGACGACUUUCCGAGCGGGAACCUUCCCCCCUGCCUCCGCUGGGACAAGGACAUACUCCUGGCCCGCAUCGCCCGCGACGACUUUCGAGACAAGUACUCCGGCGAGGAGCGGUUCUUUGUGCCCCGCCAGCUGAGGGGGGACAAGGAGGUCAUGCUGGCCCUGCUGCCCAAGCAUCCUUCCGCGAUCGAGUGCGCGUCGGACGACCUGCGGGACGAUCCGGAAAUCUUUCGCGCCGUCCUGGAGGCAGGCCAAGAGCUGCCCCCGUACGUCCUCCAGCACUUUUCCGAGCGCAUCCGGUCCGACCGGAACCUGGUGCUGCGGCUCUGCGCGCACCCCAACGGAAUCACGUCGCUGGGCUUUGCCGCUUCGGAGCUUCGGAACGACAAGCUUUUCUUCCUGGAGGCCAUCCGGGUAAGCCACGGGGGCACGGGGGAGGGCCGGGAAGCCUCCCAGAACCUCGUCCUGCGCUACGCCUCCCAGCGGCUCCAGGACGAUCCCGAGGUAGUCCUGGAGGCCGUGAGAAAGUGCGGCCCGAACCUCAAGCACGCAUCCUACCACCUGCGGCGGGACUUUGCGGUCGUUUCGGCGGCGAUCGAGGAAACCGGGGCGGCCUUUCGGUACUGCCUGCCGGGGGAAGCCAGGGAUCGCCUGCUGUCCGACCGGGAGCUGGUGCUCCGGCGCAUACUGGGGCCAUCGGCACACAAGCACGUCCGCGAAUCGCCGGCACACAGCGGCACCGUGAGGGCCUGCCUCGAGCGGUACGGGACGGACCGGGAAAUCCUGGAGAAGGCGCUCCUCCACGGCAUCGAGUGGUCGUGGCUGCCGCCGGCCCUCCGGUCCUCCGAUGGCUUUGUCCUCGACGCCAUUGCACGAACUCCAAGCAUCUAUUAUGCUCUCCCGGGGCAGAUGCGAUCGCGCCCGGAGUUUGCCAGGGCGGUGCUUAGGUCCGAGGACGUCGACGCCGCUCUCUUCGAGUAUGUGGCAGAGGAGUGCCCUCUCUGGAACGACCGGGAGGCAAUGGUGGCAUUUGCGCGAUCGGGAUGCAAGGGGGUGCUGGACAAGACGCUCCGGUUUGCUUCCCCGGAGAUUCUCGGAAACAAGGAAAUCAUGCUGGAGGCGAUCGCGACCGAUCCGGUUGCCUACGAGUACUGCACGGAGGAACUGUCGGCGGACCGGGACAUCGCCGCGGCCGCCGUUCGAAGCUCCCCGGCCUGCCUUGGCUGCCUGCCGGAUGCGGUCCAGCUCGGACACCCGGAGAUCGUGGUUUCCGCCAUCGAAUCCUUCGACCCGAGCGAGCCGCAUCUGUGCUACGAAAGCGUCUGCAGCGAGCUCUGGUCGGACCGUUCCAUCGCCCUGGCGUGGAUCCAGAGGUUCUCGGAUUGGAUCGACGACCAUUUCCUCGACGAAUUCAAGGCGGACGAGGAGAUAUGCCUCGCCGUGGCAGAGCACAACUGGAAACAAUUCUGCGUUGCCUCGGUUUCUCUGCGAAGCAACAAGGAAUUCAUGCUACGGGCGGUCGAAAGGGAUGCCCGGGUCAUCCGGUACGCAAAGAACUCGGAAGACGACGACAGCGACGACAGCGACAACGACGAACACCAUUUUGGGGAGGAGGAGCAGCAGCGGCUCCGGCACGACGACGACCUGGCGCUGCUGGCCUUUAGCAGGGACAAGCGGGCGAUCCAGUCGUACACCGGGGGCGAGGAUUUCGGGUACGUGGUGGCGUUCACGGAACGGAUACGAAAGAAGCUCCGUGCCUGGGACACCUACCGGGACGUCUUUCUGGAGGGCGUUCUCCAAACCGGCGUCGAAAGCGAGAACGAGAACGAGAACGGAACCGGCCCCUCCUGCCCGCUGACCCUCCUGAACCAGGGACCCCACACGGUGGAGCACCACUCGCGGCUGAUUGCCUCCUUCGUGGGGCUGCCCAGCGGGGAGGAGGUGGCGAUGCUGCGCAGGGCGUCCGCCAACCUGGUGCACUGGGGAUUCUAGAAGAAUACGAAACGAAACAAAACCAAAAAAAGUAAACACUUCAUUCAUAC